CUGCUCCUCCUGCUCCUGCUCCUGCUCCUGCUGCUCCUGUCCGGGCUCUACCUGCUCAGUGGAGACCUGCACUACGGGCUGCCGCUGCCGCUGGGGUCCCCGGCGCCCCCCCGGUGCCCCGGGCAGGCCGCGGGCGAGGCCCCGGGGCGGGCAUCACUGGAGGCCCAGGUGCGGGCGGCCCAGGCGGAGAACCGACGGCUGCGGGAGGCCCUCGCCCGGCAAGGGGAGCGGGGCCCGGGCCCCGGCCCCGACGGUUGUGCCCCCCGGGCCCAGGCCCGCAAGUGCCAGCUCCUGCACGUGGCCAUUGUCUGCGCCGGACACAACUCAAGCCGAGACGUGGUCACCCUGGUCAAGUCCAUCCUGUUCCACAGAAAGAACCCCCUGCACUUCCACCUGGUGACCGACGCCGUGGCCCGGCACAUCCUGGAGACGCUGUUCCGAUCCUGGAUGGUGCCCUCCGUCCUGGUCAGCUUCUACAAUGCCGAUGAGCUCAAGCCUGAGGUGGCCUGGAUCCCCAACAAGCAUUACUCAGGCAUCUAUGGGCUCCUGAAGCUGGCGCUGCCCCGGGCACUGCCCCCCGACCUGCCCCGCGUCAUCGUCCUGGACACCGACAUCACCUUCGCCUCUGACAUCGCUGACCUCUGGGCCGUGUUUGCCCAUUUCUCAGACAAACAGGUGAUCGGGCUGGUGGAGAACCAGAGCGACUGGUACUUGGGCAAUCUCUGGAAAAACCACCGUCCCUGGCCGGCUCUGGGCCGGGGCUUCAACACAGGGGUGAUCCUGCUGCGGCUGGACCGGCUGCGGCAGGCCGGCUGGGAGCAGAUGUGGCGGCUGACGGCCGAGAGGGAGCUGCUCACCAUGCUGGCCACCUCCCUGGCCGACCAGGACAUCUUCAACGCGGUGAUCAAGCAGUACCCGUGGCUGGUGCACCCGCUGCCCUGCUCCUGGAACGUGCAGCUCUCGGACCACACCCGCUCCGAGCAGUGCUACUCCGAGGUGUCUGACCUCAAGGCGAUCCACUGGAACUCGCCCAAGAAGCUGCGGGUGAAGAACAAGCACGUGGAAUUCUUCCGCAACUUGUACCUGACCUUCCUCGAGUACGACGGCAACUUGUUGCGCAGGGAGCUCUUCGGCUGCUCCGGCUCUCCCGGCGUGGACGCGACCGCGGGGAGCCCCCCGGCCCCACUACCCGCUGACGGCAGCCAAGGGGGAGGCCUGUUCCCUCCCCUCCAGCCUGAGCGGUCCCAGCUGCAGCAGGCCCUGGACGAGCUGGACGAGGACGACGUCUGCUACGAGUUCCGACGGCAGAGGCUCACUGUGCACCGUGUGCACCUCACCUUCCUGCCCCACGAGCCCCCGGCGCCCCGGCCCCACGACGUCACCCUGGUGGCUCAGCUCUCCAUGGACCGGCUGCAGAUGCUGGAGGCGCUGUGCCGUCACUGGGCGGGGCCCAUGAGCCUGGCGCUCUACCUGUCCGACGCCGAGGCCCAGCAAUUCCUGCGCUUCGCCCAGGCCUCGGAGGUCCUGGCCGCCCGGCGGGACGUAGCCUACCACGUGGUCUACCGGGAAGGCCCGCUCUACCCCGUCAACCUCCUGCGCAACGUGGCCCUGGCCCAGGCCCAGACUCCGUACGUCUUCCUCAGCGAUAUCGACUUCCUGCCCGCCUACUCCCUCUACGACUACCUCAGGGCCUCCAUUGAGCAGCUGGACCUGGCCACCCGGAAGGCAGCUCUGGUGGUGCCGGCGUUCGAGACCCUGCGCUACCGACUGAGCUUCCCCACCUCAAAAGCCGAGCUGCUCACCCUGCUUGACACUGGCUCCCUCUACACCUUCAGGUAUCACGUGUGGCCACGGGGCCAUGCCCCCACCGACUAUGCCCGCUGGCGGGAGGCCCCGGCCCCUUACCGCGUGGAGUGGGCCGCCGACUACGAGCCUUACGUGGUGGUGAGGAGGGACUGCCCCCGCUAUGAUCCCCGCUUCGUGGGAUUUGGCUGGAACAAGGUGGCUCAGAUCAUGGAGCUGGAUGCCCAGGAGUACGAGUUCCUGGUGCUGCCCGAGGCCUUCAUGAUCCACCUGCCGCACGCCCCGAGCCUGGACAUCUCCAAGUUCCGGUCGAGCCCCGCUUACCGCCGCUGCCUCCGGGCCCUGAAGGACGAGUUCCACCAGGACCUGUCCCGCCGCUACGGCGCUGCCGCCCUCAAGUAUCUGACGGCCGAGCGGCAACUCUGAGCUCCCCUCCGCCGGCCGGGGAUCCACCGACGUUUCCCCCCGCCCUCCCAGCCCCGCAGGGUCCUGAAGACGUCUUGGCCACGAGAAGGAAGCCCAGGAGGCUGACCAGACCCCUGGGGCGAGCGGGCACGGCCCCCGUCCACAGCCAGAGACUGGAUUGGGCUGAAAUCAAUCAAUCGUAUUUAUUGAGCGCUUACUUUGUGCAGAGCACUGGCCUAAGCGCUUGGGAAGUACAAGAUGGCAACAUAUAGAGACGGUCCCUGAAAGCAGGGCGGACCUACGCUGCGGACGGUGGGACGGGUCGGCGGCCCCGCGGGCCCCGGGGUCUCUAUUUAAAUUAUUUAAGGUGAUUUGAGUCGCCGUAAGAUGUACAUGAUCGUGCCGAGGCCCUGUGUGCCUGGAGCCCAGGCUGGACGGGGCGCGGGGCAGUCCGGGUUCUGCCUCUUUUGUCGCUCACUGGUCAAGGCCGGGGCCCGCCGGGUCCCCCUCCAUCUCCCUCCCUCCCCUUGACCCUGCGUUACACCCAAUCUUUUGUAAUUAAAGCUUUUCUAUUCUUUUCACA